CAACAUACAAACAACGAUUUCGCUUCAAUAAUCCUAAACAUUUACGUAUGUCUUGUUUAAUCCCGUUUGUCCGGAAGUAAUCCAGUCAUAUUUGUCGUUUUCUAGCGAAGGUAUUUAGGCGACGAAGAGAAAAAAAAUUGAAUGGCAGAGGCUAGUCACAGCUAACGUUAGUCGGCUUGUUUUCUCUCAGGAAUCACGUUUCACCCGACCACUUUUACUUAAACUAAACCAUUCAAAACCGAUUGCUUUCUCGUUAGAAACUUGUAACGUUAACUCAAUCGUUUACUAAAAGUCUCCCGUCAGACGCCUCACAUAUUGUUGCGGAACUAACCCGAAGAACAGUUUAAAUCGCCAUAACAGCUUCACUAUAUUUAGCCCAACCGCCUGAGUUUGAUUGACAGGCGUCAAUAACCAACAUAUCCGUCAGUUUGUCGUCCUUAAAAGUCAGAUACGAUAAAGACAACGUUAGGCGAGGAAAGUGUGGGGUUUAGUGGAUGGUGGAGGGGCUGACAUGGUGCAGGACGGUGUGUGAGCUAUGAUGGCGACGUGACACACACACACACACACACACACAUAGUGAGUGAAGCGGGAAGGAAACACGCAGGGUUUUGAAGGGCUUGUGUUUUCUUUCUGCCGUCACUUUUUUGUUUUUACACCAUCAAAACGUUUUAAGUGACUCAGAUCGGUGGUAAAGCCAUGGUGGAGCGAUUAAGCAGUCGAAACCAAUCGAGCUGGACUCCCUCAAAUAGCCAUCAAGAUGAAGGUAGCAGAUGAACCUGCCUACCUGACCGUGGGGACGGAUGUGAGCGCAAAGUACCGCGGUGCCUUCUGCGAGGCAAAAAUCAAGACUGUUAAACGCAUGGUGAAGGUUAAGGUUGUGCUUAAAGGAGACAGCACCUCACAAGUUGUCCAAGAUGACCAAGUGAAAGGUCCUUUAAGGGUUGGCUCAACAGUGGAGGUGAGGAGCCCCGAGGGCGGACUUACUGAAGCUGUCAUCAGCAAACUCACAGAUGCCAGCUGGUACACUGUGGUAUUUGAUGAUGGAGAUGAGAAGACGCUUAGAAGAACGUCGUUGUGUCUCAAAGGCGAGAGACAUUUUGCAGAGAGCGAGACUUUGGACCAACUGCCCCUGACUAACCCAGAGCACUUUGGCACUCCUGUCAUUGGAAAGAAGACAAACCGAGGUAGAAGGUCUUCACAGGCAGUUGCAGAGGAUGAGAAGGAGUCUUCAUCGAGUGAAGAUGAUGAUGAUGACAGGAGGAGGCUCAAUGAUGAUCUUUUGGGGAAAGUUGCCUGUAUCGAGAGCGGUUCGGAUAGUAAUUCAUGGUUCUAUGCCCUGGUAAUAUCUCCAAGCUGCAAUGAUGACAUAACUAUAAAAAAGGACCAAUGUUUAGUGAGAUCAUUUGCUGACUCCAAAUUUCACACAGUGGCACGCAAAGAAAUUCAGGAGUUGAACAUCAACACCAUCUCCAACCCUGAAUACUCGAACAGGAAAGGAUUUGAAGCAGUACAACAUUUUCUACAGUCCAAACAGGUCCCUGACAGCUGGAAAAUGGACCUAAGUGAGAUUUUGGAGUCUUCAAGCAGUGAUGAAGAGGAUGAAGAAGAUGAUGGUGAUGGCAAAGAGAGUGAGGAAGAGUUGAAAGAGCCAGAGCAAGAAGAGCCUGAUGAUGAACCUGAUCCAGAGGAGAGGGACCAUUUUCUUCAGCAGCUCUACAAAUUUAUGGAGGACAGAGGGACGCCAAUUAACAAACCUCCAGUGCUGGGCUAUAAAGAUCUUAACCUCUUCAAGCUCUUCCGGCUGGUCCAUAUUCAUGGCGGCUGUGACAAUAUUGAGAGCGGAUCCAUUUGGAAGCAGAUCUACAUGGAUCUCGGCAUCCCGAUCCUGAACUCUGCAGCCUCCUACAAUGUGAAAACGGCUUACAGAAAGUACCUGUACGGUUUUGAGGAGUAUUGCCGCUCGGCACAGAUCCAGUUCAGGACGGUGCACCACAACGAGCCUCGACCGGAAAGCUUGCCAGGGGUGAAGAGCGACAGGCCCAUGAUAAACGAGAGCGAGGCGACGGAGGAAGUGAGAGAGCAGGUUAAAGCAGAGCCUGCAACCAGCGGGGAUGGAGAUGAGUCAGACGCAGAGAGCGAAAAGGGACACAAAGAUAGCUGCUCGCCCAGGGGCCAACGGCGGAGCGCCGUGCCUCCUGUAAAAGUUGAGGGCAGGGAUUCUCUGAAUGAGGAGAAAGUGAUGGAGGAGGCACCAAGAGGAGGAGAAGCCAGUGGAGAGGAGCCAAAGGAGAAAGCCGAUGAAGAGAAUCCUGGGAAACGACGCAGCCGUCACCUUGAGGACUCUGAUAGAGACUCUGAUGAUGAGGAGCUGGACGAUGAUGAAUAUGAAGAGGACGAUGGAGAGAGAUUCAGAUUCAGGGACAGAGAUGAGAGGGAAUGUGAUGGCUGUGAAGACCCUGAGCACUCUUUGGCUGGCACUAAAGUCAAAGUGAAAUACGGCAAGGGAAAGACACAGAAGAUCUAUGAGGCCAACAUCAAAAAUACUGAGACUGAUAAUGGCGAGGUUCUCUACUUGGUGCAUUACUACGGCUGGAACGUGAGAUAUGAUGAAUGGGUUAAAGCCGAUAGAAUAAUAUGGCCUGUUGAUAAGGGUGGAACAAAGAGAAAGCAAAAGAAAAAGAAUAAAGAGGAUGAAGAGAAAGAGGAAGAUAAACAGGUCAAAGUAGCUCCAAGACGUGGUCGUCCUCCACUCAAAUCCACCCCUCCAAGCACAUCCCGCAGUGUGUCCAAGACCCCCAGCAAUGAGGGUCGAUCCAGCAGCAAGAACUCGCGACCCACAGACGCAUCUGUCCUGCCGAAUGGAGAAGGUACCCCUCGUCGACGCACAAGGAGAACUUCUGGCAUGUAUGAUUCUGACAGAGGGUCUAAUGAUUCAGGAAACUCUUCAGAUGACAGCGACUGCGAGGACUCUCCUGAGCCGAAGCCAGAGUGGACUGAGAAAACUGAUGCACCCCCAACAGAAAAACAAGAGGAGGUGAAAGAGGAGCCUCAGGAGGAAGAGAGCCGAAUUCCAGAAUCUACGCAGUCUGAGCCAGAAUGUCCCAACAGUCCUGCAGAGAUGCCCAAUUUCCAGAAGAGUGACAAACCUGAAGAAGAGACACCCCUGUUUAUGGAGUCUGAUGACGGAUCUCUGAAAUCAAGAGCAAAGAGGCCUCUGCUGAGAGAACCAGGAUCGGAGACUCCUACGCAAACACCUGCCACUGCUAAUCAUUUAGAGACAGAGGAACCUUGCACUCCUCCACGUCCUGCUAAGAAAUCCCAGGAAACGCCCCAUAGCAGUCCUGCAGAGAGAAUACCCGAGACACCCGGCUCGGACACAGACUCUGCCACGGAGGACGUUGGCCCUCCAGAACGAAGCAGCGCCUUGAAACGCAAAACCACUGAACAGCGGACGUCGGAAAAGAAGGUUCGCCUGGACAGAAAAGAUGAACCCAAAAUGCUGUCUCCAGUAAAAACAUCGCCACAGGAGUCUGAGAGGAGGCCUGAGCCAGCUGAGAAGCUCGGAGAACAUCCUACCCCAAAACUAUCAUCACCCAGCAAAGAUCUGGAGGUGAAGUCUGAGAUGCCCGCUCUCACCAGAGAGGUGCACAUCAGGGUGGAACCUUUGUGUCUGGAGCUGCAGGAUCCCUUAACAGCCACAAACGAAGAGAUGAUGCCUCAAAUAGGCCCAGAAGCGCUGGUUUGCCAUGAAGUGGACCUCGAUGACCCAGAGGAGAAGGACAGACCAUCUGGUGAAGAGUUACUGAUGAUGAUGAAGGAAGAGAAAGCUCCGCUUCAGCCUCUGGAGAUUUCUGACCACUUUCCUCACGCCCUGGCUCAGGUAGGACCUCCCCGGCUCUUUUCCCCGUCAUCUGCCCCGAGCCCGGACGAGUCCCACAGCACAAAAAGCGAAAGCGAUGCCACGAUCGAGGUGGACAGCGUGGCGGAGUCACAGGAAGGUCUUGGAGAGAAUGAAUCCACUCAUAGCUUUGAUGCUAGCGCCAGUUCCAGUAACUCCAGCAUCUCACUACAGGAACGAGAUGGAAAGGACAGAGGUCAGAAGAGAUUAUUAGACUGCACUACCGGCUCAUUGGCCAAGAAGCAAAAACGCAGCCAGAAACGUUCAAGUGUGGUCUGUAAAACAGAAAAGAAUGGAGCAGGUCACAGUAGCGACAGUGAGGACCUGUCUGCCAUGGACAGCUCAAAUAAGCUAACCCCAGUGAAGCACUCCAGCCUAACCAAGAGUCAGAAGCUUUCUCCAUCACCUGCUCUGGUUUCUCCCAACAGUAAAGACACGGAGAAAGACAAGCACAAAGAGAAGCAGUCUGUCAUCUCCCCCCGCGCACAGAAGUGGUCCUGCCAGCUGACUGAGCUGGACAACAUGUCGAGCGCUGAGCGAAUUUCAUUCCUGCAAGAGAAGCUGCAGGAAAUCAGGAAGUAUUACAUGUCACUCAAGUCUGAGGUGGCGUCCAUCGACAGGAGGCGGAAAAGGUUAAAAAAGAAGGAAAGAGAAGUGUCCCACACCACGGCAUCCACAUCAUCGGGCUCGUCCGACACGGGCAUGAGUCCGUCUUCAGCCUCCCCCACUCAAAACACUGUGGCCGUGGAGUGCAGGUGAUGCCACGCCUGUGCCCCGUCCCGUCCCACCUCUGCCUUUUCAGCAUCCUGCUGCCUCCUCGGAGACGUGCAUACUGAUGAGCCAGAGCAAGCAGCCAAUAGCACUAGACUGCCCGCCUCCAUGUCUCCUCCGAUUCCUAUGGCCACUCUCACCUUCUGCACUUUGUAAACUGAUCCUGCCUCCACUCGCUCACUGUCGCUACAGCACCAGGGAACAGACUCUACGUGAGGGUUGAAUGUAAUCUAUGAAACAAAAGCUUACAAUUUAUCCAUCCAGAAAGAAAACAAUGGCACUUUCCACUUCGUUCUCUACAAACCCUGAACAGAAUUCUGAAUUUGGAUGCAGUAGUCAAUCAUUUGUACGGUCCUCUAUCAGAACAUGGUAAGAACCUUGUGUAAGAUCCCUAGGUAAUGGUCACUUAACCAGCUGGACAUGGUUAUUCAAUGAAAGGUCAAUUGUAAUGUGCUUGCUCCAUCAGAACUGCCAAAGUACAUGUGUUACAGCAGAGUGCCCUAUUUUGGAAAAGUAGGACAAAGUCAAUUGCGAAAGGGAAUGUAGUUUACUGAAAACCACAGCCGGCGUCUUCCACUUAUCUUGGUGUGCGGGCGCAGAGAAUUAUGCAAAAACCUAUUUUGUUGACUUUUUAAGAAAAUAAAAACGAAAACAGAAAAAAACCUGAGCAAAUGUUUACAGUGGAAUACGAGACAAAUCUGUUUUCAGUGGACUAAUUUCCUUUGCAAAUUGUAUUUUGUCUUUUUUAUAUGUAAUUGCAGAGUUUUUAUUUUAGUAUGGAAAAUUUCAAAAAGUAUAUAUCACAGCCGUGAAGUUAUUUAAUGAAAGAUUUCUAGAGCUGACAUUUUUGUGUAAAAUAAAGGUGUUAUCUUGCAACUUGUUAAAUAUAUUUAUUCAGUCCGUGGACAUAGUUUUUGUAAUUUUUACAAGAUGAGAUCACACAAUCCUCCCACGUUCGGUUCAGUUGGUGGGGUAGAAGGAAAAUGAGAAUUUUGUGAAGUCAUCUUGAUCGUUUGAAUGUGAUGUCACAAUUGGGUAACUACUGUGCAAGUGUCCUCUACCGUUUCGUUCAUUUCAUUUAGGCCCAAAUAACCCGAGUUAUUUCCAACACCUUUUAAUGGAACACCAGAAACUGGUGGCCUGCUUUUUGUCCCCUUGAUUUGCUGGUACUUUGUUUGUUAAUUUAAACAUUUCUUGUUUUCUUUUCGAGUUCUUGACCAAUUGAAUAAAUCAGUUGCUUAUUACACAAGUAUGUUAAGCCCAGGGGUUUCUUACUGUUCCUAUUGUAAAUAGAUCUUCCGAAACCAUGUAUUUGAAAAUACAUUUUACACAAACUGUAAAAAUGAUUUAUAUUAUUUUUUAAACAGUACAUCUUUGUAUAUUAAUUUUCCUUUUCUAUGUCAAGUUGGUAGAAGCAUUAGCACAUCUUUAGACUGUAUAUACUCAACCAUUUAGGAACCUAAACCAAGCUGUCUAGAGUGAUGAACCCAUGAUAUGUUGAACAUUUUAUGCUGUAGGCGUCGAUUAAUUCACCGUUGAGAUGAAAUUGUGAAAACUUGCUUCCCUGUGACUUCAGUUUAUUUACAGAUUCCUGGACAGAAUGGAAUGAAGGCAUUAGGUUCCUAAGCAAAGCCAUUGUAUCUUUAUGUAAAAUAAGAGUUCUCAUUUCUAAUAAAGUUUUGAAAUAUUCUGAUUCA